CCUGCUGGCCCCCGUCCUUCGCUACUCCGUGAACUUUACGCCGUACUCAACCAGAUAGGCUAUCUAGAGUCGACAGUAUCGGAUUUUGCCGUACGCCAAGUAACGCAGAACGGACCUCAAGGUGAACAACCUAGGCCACCAGCCAAUCCACAAUACCACAGUACUCAGUACACUACUCCGUACACUGGUAAUUUUGGCCGGUCUUUGAGGCAUAAUCAUGUGCCUGACCACUUUUACCACCUGCUCACUGACCAAGUGGUUCAGGACAGCUCCGCUACGGAUACCAGCAACCUCGAAAAUAGCAUCCUCCUUGUAACCACAUCGAGCAGAUCUCGAGCACUUUCCAAGAAGUCGCAAACUCUUGAAUUGACUCAAGAUGCAAGUUUCCGUUGUAAACUGAUGUAUAAGAAGAAGCUGAUCAUCCCGCCUUUUCUCACUCCUGUCAUCCCAUCACCAUCACCAUCAUCAUCCCACCUCACCCACACAACUCCAACUCAACCUUCUCUCACAACCAUCCAAACUCCUCUCCACCUCCAACUCAACACCAACACAACUAAACCGCCAAAAUGCGCGCCGCCUUCGCCAUCAUCUCCCUCCUCGCCGCCACCGUCGCCGCCCGCUUCGACGGCCCUUGCACCGACACCGUCUGCGGCGACUCCAGGGUCAACUGCGAGGCCGAGGGCCGCAUCUGUGUCGGCUUCCCCAGCGUCGACCCCGAGAAGCGCCUCGGAUGCACUUGCAGCAUUGUCUAAAUGCAAAUAUCCUACAGAAUGA